GAGGGCUCUUGAUCUGUACAGGGCCGCUGCUCACUUUGCCUGCCACUUCGACGCAGCACUUGUCGUUCAAGAACACCUUGCUGGAAAAGUGCCAGUUCCGCCGCUUGCCUUGCUGACUGCAGUCGCAACAGUCAGCUGGGCAGCAGGCUCACCAACCUCUUCUUCUUCUUCUUGCUCCUCUCUCUAGCAUUUGCAGCAGCAGCAACAGCAGCAGCAACAGCAGUCGCAUCUGCCUCGGCAGCACCUCCAGCAACAGCAGAGGAACCCCUACCCUGUGCAGCAGGUCAAUCAGUUCCAAGGUGAGAGCCCAGCAGGCAAUUGGGGAGCACAAGCUGCCUGCUAAUGCAUAGCUAGAUAUGAGCUAUGCAUUCUAUUUACUGUACUGCUAAUUGACGCAGAGUUAUUAACGUGGCAGGCAAGAGCAGGCAACCCAAGAGGAGAUUGUCAGAAACCGAAACUCUACGUAAGGGCAGCACAUCCUCUAUUUGUCAGAGUCUGUCCCGUUCAUAUGUAAAGCUGUGAUGCAUUGGUAGCCACCAACUUAGAUGACUUUAAAAGAGAAUUUAGGCAAAUUCAUGGAGGAAGAAGCUAUUAAUGGUUACUAGCGACAAUGGCUAUGUUCUGCCCCAUGGUUGUAGGCAGUAAUGCAUAAGUAUUGCUGGAAGCCACCGGCAAGGAGAGUGCUCUGGUGCUUUGAUCCUGCUAGUGGGUUCCACAGGCAUCUGGUUGGGCGCUGUGCUGGACUACAUGGGUCAUUGGCCUGAUCCAGUUGGCUUUUCUUGUGGCCUUAUGCUUGCUGGCCCUAUGCUUCCCCUCUCAGACCUCCAUGUGUUGAGCAUCCCAUUCAUUUCCAUGGGGUUUUCAUCCUGUGUACACAAAAUUCUAUUGAUAAAGAUAAUAUUAAGGAGCUACAAACAGUUGAAUCCACAUUGUUUUCAUCUUUUAAAUUUAAUCUUAGAAUGUUGUCCAAUGAAGAGCCCUGUCUGCUCAAAACACAUAAAUAUUGUGUUGGGGGGGGGAGAUGGAGAAGAGGACUUUUUUCAUAUUUUGUGAGUUUCCUUGGUACAUUUUAUUUACUUUUUUUUCUUGGUGUAGCCUUAAUAGAGAAAUCUAAAUACAUGGUCUGUAAAACAAAACACUCUCCUGGUGGUUAAAAUGGUGAUUUGUUAUUUUGUAUUAUAUUAAGCUGGAGGAUGUGCUUCAUAUUGUCAAUGAAACAAAGGAAGACACUGAGAUAUAGUUGGUUCCUGGGUUUUUUUAACAGUCAGGUAACACUUCACAGAAAUAUUAUUCUUUCUCAGUGGUUUCAUGUAUCUUUUUACUGAGGUGAGAGCUAUGCUCUUGUCAGCAGUGUGUACUCAGCAUUGUAUUGAGCUGGUGCCACAAUGAACUCUUGGCAUAAUCAAAAUUCCUCUAAUUAUUUUUAAAUAAAGAUGAUAAACACCAGAGCAUAUUUGCUUUCCAGAAAUCAAUAAUCCUUUCCAUCCACUCCUCCCUCUACAUCCCUCCUCAACAGGAAGACACCUAGUUUGGGUGUAUCUGCCAGGGUGUAGAAUUUAACAGGCAAAGGAUUUUCUGGCUUCCCGUCAUUGGUCCAAAGGUGGAGCAAAAUGUGCUUACAGUAUUGAUUUGUUAAUACACCGUCUCUGUUCUAAAUUUUUCUUCUUUCCAUAGACAUAAUCAGUAACACCACUAUAGAAAAUCCAUUCACUUAUGCCUCCUAAGCUAUAAAAAAAUUGAUUAGCCUCUCUGCGCCUGACAUUUCUAUUUUCAUGGGUUUAGUUCUGAAAGAUAAUGGAAAUAUUUGAAAGAGUGCCUCAGAUAACUAAUGGUCAGGCCAUUGUUUGUUUGUUUGUUUGUUUUCAAUUCUAAAUGCCUAAAUAGAUUUCUAACUAAUGCUUGCAUUAUUAUGGACCUCACUGACACCUCUUUGCACUACCAUUGACAGCACAAUCCUUUACAUGUCUACUCAGACGUACUUCCCAUUGGCUUCAAUGGGAAUUACUCCUUGGUAACUGUGUACGGCAUUGAAGUUUCACUGCCAGGCUGGGUGCUAACUGCAAUCAGACCACUAUCUGGAGAUAAUACUAGCUUUGCAAGACAACUCAAGAAGAGCCUUCCUGGAUCAGACCAAAAGGCCUUCCUAGUCCAGCAUCCUGAUUUCCACAGCAGUCAACCAAAGGCUUAUGGGAAGCUCACAGGAAGCGUAUGAGCACAAUAGCCAUCUCCUGCUUUGUUCCCCAGUGCCUAGCAUAGGAGCUACCUCCUAGGGGCCAAGAUCCCUUUGCGUCCACACGUCCAAUAAAAUAUUAUUGCCAAAACUCACUUUUUAAUAUUUUUCCUUCUUCUGCUUCAGGUUCCCCGCAGGAUAUAGCAGCAGUGAGAAACCAGGCAGCUCUUCAGAGCAUGAGGACUUCCCGAAUGAUGUCCCAGAACACCAGCAUGAUGACCAUGGGAGCCUCACAAAACACUGGCGCGAUGUCUGCCGCAGCUGGCCAAUCUGAGAUGGGGAUGGCUCCCUACAGCAGCCCAGCGGCCGGCCAGCCAGGAAUGUACAAUAUGAACACAGGAAUGAGCCAAAUGUUGCAGCACCCAAACCAAAGUAGCAUGAGCCUGGCACACAACCCAAGUCAGGGGCCGAGGCAGCCCACCUCGACACAAGGGGUUGGCAUGGUCAGUAGCUUUGGUCCAAACAUGUUGCAACACCAGCAGAUGAAAGGACCUGUGGGCCAGGUUCUACCCAGACCACAAGCUCCCAGACUUCAAAACAUGAUGGGGCCUGUCCCGCAAGGAGCACAGAACUGGCAGGCACGAGGCUUGCAAGGUAUCCCUGGAAGGACUAGCGGCGAAAUUGGACCUUUCAAUAAUGGUGCAGCUUACCCGAUGCAAUCUGCUCAGCCAAGGUUGCCUAAGCAACACUUCCCACAAGGCAUUAGUCAGUCUGUCAUGGACACAAGUGGAACAGUACGGACCCUGAAUCCAGCAAUGGGAAGGCAAAUGUUGCAACCACUCCCUGGACAACAAGGAACCAACAACCAAGCUAGACCAAUGGUUAUGCCUACAAUAAGCCAAGCAGUUCCCACUAUGGCUGGUUUUAACCAGUCCCCUGCACAACAGAUACCAGGGGGUAGCUUUGCUCAGAGCAGCCAAGGUCAGAUCUAUGAGAGGAAUCCCACUCAGGACAUAUCUUAUAGUUACAGCAACGAAGGAGCUGGCGGUUCCUUUCCAAGUAUAGCAGACAGCACAGACCUCGUAGAUUCCAUCAUUAAAGGUGGGCCAGGAGAUGAGUGGAUGCAAGAACUUGAUGAGCUGUUUGGAAAUCCGUAGCACAUGGGGAUAUGUAUAGUUACAAACCUUUGUGGGGUCAGAAAAAAGGAAAGCAGGAUGUUGUCCAUCCUUGUUUCUUUGUUUUGUUUUUAAAGCUGUGCAAAGCAAGCUGAUCUGUGGCUGAUUGUGGAAGGCAUGGAUGGAAUGUAAAGCAUUGAACAGAAGGCCUUGCUGGUGUCCUCACAGCAGUCUCCACCCCAUACUCCGCCUGCUGCAGGUGGGAAUAAGACAAAGAGAGAGGUAGGGGGCUCCAAAAAUUGCUACUUGCUGCCCAUGGGCUAUGGAAGAAGAUUGGUAGUCUCCACAUGGCAAGCACUGGCUGCCCCAUAACAAUAAACUUUCCACCACAGUUCUGCUGGAACUGCUGUAGUGUCAGGACAUUGCAGAGACAGGCGCCGAGACAAAAGAAGGGGCACCUGAAAGAGAAAGAGAGGCCGGGAUCAGUACAGGUGCUAAACUCUGGGUUUAAGCAAAUGACAAGUUUCUCCAUGUAGUUAUGUGUCUGAUUUGAUCAGGAGUCAAGCAGAGGCUGCUUGGUUAUGGUUAUGACUAGACAUGGCCGCAGAUGAAAGGGUCCAUUCAAUGUGCUAUCAAGUCUCCUUUGGGUGCAGAGAAAAUCCCUAUCUACAUAGUUUUCCAUUCCUGUGUUUCCGGUUUCCUCUAUAACCAAGUGACUCUUGAGUCACUUUUUAAGGAUGGGGGGAAAUACAGAGCUCUAGGACACACUGAGGCUGCAGUACUUAUAUUGCUCACUGAGAUAGCAGCUACCAAAGACACAGAUGCAAAAGAAAGCAGGCAUUAAAAAGGGAGAGGUUAUAUGUAUUAAGAACUUGCAAACAGUGGUGUCCAGCUUGUUCUUUUCCUGAAAAUUCAAGAUGAAUAGGUGUUACCUGUGAGGGGUUGGGUUGGACAGGCAGAUGUCUUUGGGAGAAGGGAGAGGGGCUAGUAAUUCUCCUGGUGGUCUUACAUAGAAAUUAUUUAGGAGCAGUGUCAACAUGUCUUUUGACAGGUUGGAAGCAAGUUUAUGCUUAACGUUCUCUAUUGGCUGGUCCUCUUUGUCAACCUUCCUACUAUGAACAUGAUAACACCAAGCUCUUUAUGAUGCCUAAACUAGUUGGUGACAAACAGAAUAAGAAAGGAAGGGUCUUCCAUUCAAUUGCUGGAAGUAGUUGUACAUAAAGUUACGACAUUCCAAAGAUCAAUCUUCAAAUGGAACUGUCUAAGCCACAGUUUUGUGUGGCUUGAACUGACCUGCAAAAAAAUGGAGUCAUUUAUGUUGGUGGGAGUUGAAUAUGAUACUAUUUGCCUGUGUUUUAGAUACAGGCUUGGUAUUAAACACAUGUCACUUUUUCGGGCCUGAUUAUACAUUACAUGCAAAUAUGUAACCAAACUCCAGUGGUGCAUUCCGUAUUUCCCCUAUCCCUGGGAAAUCCAAAUUCAGAGGCAGCAUUUUUUUUAGUGGAGAAUCAGCAGAGAGAUGGAAUACUUGUCCCUUUCCCCAGCCACCAUUUCCCCCAUGUUCUUUAGCACACUCCAGUUUUGGUAGUGACACCCGCCCUAUGGAAUGGCCUCCCAUCAGAUGUCAAGGAAAUAAACAACUCUCUGACUUUUAGAAGACAUCUGAAGGCAGCCCUGUUUAGGGAAGUUUUCAAUGUUUUAUUGUGUUUUUAAUAUUCUGUUAGGAGCCACACGGAGUGGCUGGGGAGGCCCGGCCAGACGGGCAGGGUAUAAGUAAUAAAUUAUUAUUAUUAUUUAAAGCAGAGGGUGGGAUGGGGUGAUGAGUAGGAGCGAGAGCAAACACACAUUUGGAACUCCGUAGGAUAGAAGCAACUCGGAGGGAUAGUUUUAAAGUGGAGAAGAAGCAAGCAGAGAAGGGUUCAGUCACAACCCACACUUCACUUAAAACCACAAACUCCAGAAGCUAACUUUCCUGGAAAAUGGGGAAGGGGGAGAAUUACGAUUCAGUUACACAUAUUUACAUAUAAGGUGUACUUAGGCCCUCAUCUGGUUUGUGACAUGAUUUUGAAACUCCCACAUACUGUCUCAUCAUCUAACUCACUGGAAUUAGUGGGAGACAUAUUGUUGACACCUUUGAAAGUUGGAUGUCGUGAGCUAAAAGAACCACUUCAUGCAACUUCCUGCUUGUGCUAACAUGAAGGUUGACCAAUGAGCUUGCACAUCAGUGGACUUGGCAUGUGGCAAAGCUUGCUAACAGAGAAGUGGUUUGCCAUGUUCUCAGUGCACAAUGUGCCAAGUCAGGACUCAUCUUAGCACCAGUGGAGAAUUGUGGCCUGAGGAUCCCAAGAAGAUUUUAGUCCACAAAUACUCUGAGCAUAAUUAGGUAUCAUUAUAUCAGCUAGUGCUGAGGACUGGAAGACCAAGAAAAAGGUUCUGUGGGUUACAGAAAUCAGCUGAAGAGGUGAGAGAUACAGCCACCUCCUUUUAAACCUGAAUAAGCAUGCAAAAGCGUAAGAUAGGAACCAGGUAUCUGUCUUCAUCACUCCUCUGGGGCAGGGUCACUCUUUGCUGGAAAGGGUGACAACAAGAAGACUAAGAAGUUGGAGUUUUGAACCGCACAAAAUCUAAUGAGUAAUUAAAUUUAACAUUCAGCUUUAUCAGAAAAGUACAGGAACUAGUGUUUGAUGAGGCCUCAAAAUCCAUUAUCUUUGAAAAGCUUCCUCCAAAUAUUUUGAACUGGGACCAAGUAAUAAAAAGUCAAACUUUAAUAUCUUGGGUUUGGUUUUGUUUUUUUACUAUGGUGCUGAUGUAUAUGAAAUGUUAAAAAAAGAAUUAUUUGUAAAUAUGUUUUUACAAUCCUGCAGAUAUCACUGGGUCUAAUCUGUAAAAUAUAUACAUAUAAAUAAAUAUUAUAUAAAUAUAAAUAUAUAUAUAAUGUUUGUUUAAAAUAGAGUAUUUUUAUUUCCUUCUUUAACUCAUCCUCACUGCAGUGGUAUUGCACUUCAGAUGUCUAAUUACUAAUUUGUACUGUAUCCUUGCCAGCAACUUGCUCCAUUUUAUCCAGAUUUUUCUAGUUUACUGUUUUUUACUUUGUACAUUGAACAUUGCUUAUUUCCUUUUAAGAACUGUACAGAGCUCUGGAAAAAAUGUAGAAAGGAACUAAUAACAUACCAAUUUUAAAGAAAAUAAUAAUAAAAGAUUGUUAUCUGAAUCAGUUUAAUUUUUAGGAGUUUCUCUCUUACCUGAUUUGGCUGACUCUGAGGGACACAAAAAGGUGGUGACGUUGCUCCUGUAAAAAAAACAUAGAAUAAACAAGAAACGGCUUUAUA